AUGCCAUGUAUAUUGGAUAUAGGUACACAAAUAUGGAAAAUACAUCAAUGGGGCUCAGAUCAGGCAAUAACGAUAUGUGGCAUUAAUUGUGUUGGUAAUAUUAAAGGACGAUUUAGCGGAUUUGAGUGGAAGUGGGAUGGUAAAUUUCAAUGUCAAGAAAAAGCACCGGGUAUAGUUGGUCAAACAACAAAAUAUAGUCGAGACGGUGCAAUGGAACAUGCCAUACAAGACUUUUUAGUUAAAGCAGUAACUGCAGGCAAACUUAAACCAGAAGAUUUUAAAUGUUAA